AUGGAGAGGCUGAGAGCCCUUCGAGGUCUCUUUGCUUGUGUGGGCUGCGUGCCCAGGCGUACGCGUCGCAGGGAGAGAAGCAGGGUGUCAAGCCCUGUCCCUACCUGCGCCGCGACCUUACUGCUUCAGCGCCUGCAAGAUCAGGAGGGCGACCGAGCGCAGGCGUACUGUGAGCUGGAGAGCGCCCUGUGCCAAGACAGCAGCCGCCCGCCGUGCGGAGUGGUGAACCGGCUGCUGGCAGAGGUGUCCCGGGACCUGACGGCAGCCCAGGGCGUGACCAGCAAUGUCAAGACAGCUGCCAGCAAUGUCCUGGUGGCUCUGGCUCGGACGCACUUCACCUUGGUGAUGGCUGAGCUCCAGAGCCACCUGAAGGCCGCGGGGGACAUGUCCAAGGAGUUUGUGCUCAACACCCUGAGCAAACUCUUCAGCACCUAUGCUCCACAGUGCAUCCCCUUUGUGUGGCUGAUGCUGGCAGGCCUGCGCAGUGUGGUGGGCCAGGUGAAGAGUGGCCAGAUCCUGCGCAUCGCUUGUGCUGUUUUGAAACAGUGGCUGGAUGGAGUCAAGACUUACUUGUCCUCAGGAAUGCAAUGCCCCUGGCCUGCCAUGGAGAAAGAGCAGAUCUGUGAAAACCUUCACGAGCUGCUCUUCUCUGUGGUGUGGAACUGGCAAGACUGCCAGGAGGAACAGGACAAACAGGCCGUCCUUGGGGCUGUGGCUGCCAUGUUGGAGGUUCUCCUGCAAGAGGAGCGGCACCAAGAGCAGGUCUGGGAGCAGCUCCUCUGGCUCGUUCACCCGUGUCAGGAGAUCCAAGACAUUUGCAGGGUGGCCAAGAGCCUCACUAUCUUCCUGGAGGCCUUAGGGGGCAUUGAGUCUGUAAUCCCAGGGGACAAGUUUCUGGACGUCGCCAGUGCCGUGUUUUACCAGCUCUAUGACGACAGCAAGCAGCACAGCGAGGCUGGUCGUGCACAGCUGACCCACUGCAUCAUGCUGCAGGCCCGGAUCUGCCCAGAGGAAACCAUCCUGUUUCUGCAGUCGCAGCUGGGCGAUGACUGGGAGCCUGGAUGCGUGGCAGCCCUGGGUCUGCUGGGUGCUCUGGCUCGCUCUGAUGAGCCCGUGAUGACGGAGAUGCUGCCCCAGGUCGUCGAGGCUGUGCAGCGUCUGUGCAGCGACCCCAGCAUCCGGGUGAGGACGGCUAUUCUGUAUUUCAUCAAGGAUCUGCUCAGUUCGAACACCCGGAUCUGCUCAGCCUGGGAUGUGGUGGGGCACAUCUUCAGGGAGUUCAGCCGCGCCACAGGAAGAAGGACAGCCGGAGACCUUUCUGCCCGGGAAGCCCAGGAAGAAGGAGCUCUCCAGGAGCUGUGCAUGGACAUCCUGGGAUCACUGGACGUCUCUGUGAGAGGGAUGUCCAAACUCCUGUGGCCGCGGCUGCUGUUGUUUGUGGUGCCAGCGCAGUACACAGGCAUGCUGAUCCCAGUCUCCCGCUGUGUCUGUGCCCUGGCUGAGAGAGAGGAGCUGACAGGACGGCCGAUAGAACAUCUGGAUCCCCAUUUUGUCAGCUCCAUGUUUCAAGGCCCACUGCUGACGCCCCAGACACUGCUGGCACGACUGCUGGUGGUGGCAGGCAGCCCUGUUGCAGGCAGCAAACUCCAAGCUGCUGCCUUACUGCUGAUGAAAAACCUCCACAGCAGGUUCCACAGGGCUGUGGGGGCCAUGUGGGCUACUGAGAUCCCCCUGCUGCUGCAGUGUCUUGAAGGGAAAGAUGAGAGCUUCCCGGACACUGCCGAGUUUGAGCGCCGUCUGCUAAAGUUCCUGAAGGCGUCACUGGACACAAUAGAGGAGAAGGCAUGGAUCGAGGCCCUGAGCUGUGAGCUGAGCCAGCGGCUGAGCAGCUCUGCCAGCAGCUCUGCAGAAAAGUCAUUCCUGUACAAGGCUCUGGGCACGGUGCUGGGAUCCUGUCAGGGAGUCCUCCACGUGCAGGAGAAGCUGCUACAGCACCUGGAGGAGGCAAAUGCAGAGGAGCCACGUGAGGCCCAGGGAAUCAUCUCUCUUCUCAGCCAUGCUGCUGAGAACAACUUCCACACAGUCCUGGCCACGCUCACCAUGUUUGCGUCCAGGCUGUGCAAAGGCCGCAAUGCCAGGAUUUCCAGGCGCAAGAAGAUGGAGCUGGACAGCACGAGAGCUCAUGCCACACGCAGCGCUCUCAUGCUCGCCCACGGCAGCGUGGCACUGCGUGCCUCCAAGGAACAGCUGCUCGCCCACCUGGAGGGAGACAUCGUGGGCAACGUCCUGAUGCUCUACAGCUGCAGCUGCCGGGACUUGCAGAACAACCUCGCGCUGGUGCAGAGCAUCACCGACUGCAGCUCUGCCUACCAAGCUGUGGGUGAUUCUGCAAGCUUUAACCCCUCCUUGAAGAGCAAGCUGCUGGAGAUCCUGAUGGACCUGAUGAAGAAGUAUUACUCGGGCAUGCCUGUCUCCCCAGUGCCUCUCAAGGUGGUUCUGGCCCUGGAGCAGUUGAGCAAGCUGAAGCCCUCUUCUGAAAGCAAGGACCUGCGUGAGAUGUUGGUCCUGUGCUGCAAGAACAUCGUGACACACCCUUCAGCAGAGAUGAUGCUGAAGAUCAGGAAGUCACAGCAAGCAGCACAGUACCUGCAGCUUCAGCAAACAUCACUGAGAGCUCUGGGCCGGCUCAUGGUGGUCCUGCUGGAGACAGAGCCCAGCGGUGGCUUCUUCCAGAACAUAGUCCAUAAAUCCAUGGUAUCGAGCAACGUGUGGGAGCGCAAGAGGGCCCUGCAGACCUGCUCCCAGCUGCUGGCUGUUUGUGAAGAGCUUCAAAGAAGAGAUGCCUGUGAGCACUUUGGCUCCUUGGUGGGAUUGCUGGCGCCUCUGACUUGUGACCCCAUGCCCGCAUCCCGCCAGCUGGCUGUCACCUGUCUGAGCUCCCUUCUGCGAAUCCAAGCCAAAGCGACCAACACAGACAUCGAGACGGGUGACAUCAGGAGCCUGUGCGAGGGGCUGCAUGCCUGCAGCAUCGCCUCUCAGCUUCAGACCACAUCCAAAAUGGCCAUGAUCGUGUGCAGGAACUUCCCCUUAGAACGCACCGUUGACUUCAUGACUGCCAUCAAGGAGACGAUCCGGAAAGCCAACGGAGUGCGUGUGCGUGCUGCUGGGAAGUGGAUGACCACCUUCCUGCAGAUGCACGGGAAGGACAUCAGUUGGAACGUGCCUCCGAUCCUCUACAUCCUGCGCAGCAUCACAUCGUUUGCGCAGCACAGCACGUUCCUGCCCUUCCUGUGCCAGGCGGUGGUCAUCCUCACCCGCUGUCACACUGAGGCCGUGAUGAGCAACUUCUCCCGGCCGCUUGGGCCAACGGACAGGUGUCGCUGGGUGGCAGCACAGCCUUCAGGCAUGUCAGCCACUCCUCCCAGUUCUGUGGCAUCAGCAAGCCUGCUCACAACAAUGGAAGAGGAAAAUGAAGCAAUUGGCAGCAGCCAGCCAAAUGGCUCCCUCCAGAAGUUGUCUGAAGCAGAGGAAGGGGGCCCACGGAGAGACCUGGGGAGUCCUGUCCCCAUCCAGAUCAAGGGGCCUGGCAAGAAGGCAGUUUCAUCCCCUGACUGA